AUGGCAACAUCACCGAAGCUUACGAUCAACUCUGGUAUUCCCUUACAUGAUCCAACAGAGUAUCGUCGCAUUGUUGGUAGCUUUCAAUACCUUGCAUUUACACGCCCAGAUAUUUCGUUCGUGGUCAAUUGCCUCUCCCAGUAUAUGCAUUCUCCAACUGAUCUCCAUUGGCAAGCGGCCAAACGUCUACUUCGUUACCUCAAGGGGACUACCACACAUGGCAUUUUCCUGAAACGAAACAAUCCUCUUUCCUUACAUGCCUACUCUGAUGCAGAUUGGGCAGGAGACUCAACUGAUUAUGUCUCUACCAAUGGCUACAUAGCUUAUCUUGGUCAUACACCGGUGUCUUGGUCGUCUAAAAAGCAGAAUGGUGUCACGAGGUCAUCCAUGGAGGCAGAGUAUCGGUCUGUUGCCAACACUUCGUCAGAACUACGGUGGAUAUGUUCAUUGUUACAAGAACUUGGUAUCACGUUACCAACCAUACCUACCAUUUAUUGUGACAACAUUGACGCAAUAUAUCUCUGCGCCAACCGAUCAGGUGUGCUUCGUGUGGUUCAUGUCACUACUAAAGACCAACUGGCCGAUGCUUUAACGAAAUCACUUUCUAAGAUUCCAUUCACUAGCUUCCUCAACAAGAUUGGAGUUACGCCAAGCCCCUCCAUCUUGAGAGGGUGUAUAGAGAAUCACUCACAAUGA